AGGCCCCCAGCAGGUGCGCCCGGCAGCCGCCCGCAGUCGCAGGGACCGCUCGCCUCACCUCCGCCGGGUGCGCUCUCCUCGGUUCGCGAACCCCGCGCCGCGCGCCGCCGCUGACAUGUGUGCCGCCCCGAUGCCGUCCCUGGCGCACAUCUUCCGAGGGACAUUCAUCCACUCCACCUGGACUUGCCCCAUGGAGGUGCUGCGGGAUCACCUCCUCGGCGUGAGCGACAGCGGCAAACCAUUUGUCCAUUUGCAUCAAAGCAAGCAGUUCCAUUUUCAGGCUCAAAAUGUCUUCUAUGAGUGUAUCUUCUAUAUUUCUUUUUCCAAAAUCGGGAUUUCUACAAACGACCUGGCUGCAAGGCAGUUGAUUGUGGACUACGUUGAGUUCUUCAUGCCUGGGCUGGUUGAUACACACAUCCACGCCCCUCAGUAUUCUUUUGCUGGGAGUAAUGUGGACCUGCCGCUUUUGGACUGGCUGACCAUGUACACAUUUCCUACAGAACUCAAAUUCCAGAACAUCGACUUCGCUGAAGAAGUAUAUACGAGAGUUGUCAGGAGAACACUAAAGAAUGGAACAACCACAGCUUGUUACUUUGGAACAAUUCACACUGACUCAUCUCUGCUCCUUGCAGAAAUUACAGAUAAAUUUGGGCAGCGGGCAUUUGUGGGCAAAGUCUGCAUGGAUAUGAAUACCAGUGUUCCAGAAUACAAGGAAACCACUGAGGAAUCAAUCAAGGAAACAGAGAGAUUUGUGUCAAGAAUGCUCCAAAAGAACUAUUCUAGAGUUAAGCCCAUAAUGACACCACGUUUUUCCCUUUCCUGCUCUGAAACUUUGUUGGGUAAACUGGGAAACAUGGCGAAGACCCAUAAUUUGCAUAUUCAGAGCCAUAUAAGUGAGAAUGUCAAUGAAGUUGAAGCUGUGAAGAACUUAUUUCCCGAUUAUAAAAACUACACAGAUGUGUAUGAUAGAAACAAUCUUCUGACAAAUAAGGUACAUUGCAUAUCAUGACAUAAUCUGUGUCAA